UUUCAGUCAGCACGUCUCAUCGUCAAGCGAGCAGUGAGUGUUUACAAAGUUCAAGCAAAAAAAAAAAAGCAAUAUGCAUAUAGGCAUCAAGUAUUGGCUAAAUAGUUUAAACCUACUGCAAUACGAACACCUUUUUGCGAAUUACAAUGGCGUUCAGGAUAUUCUUUAUCUGGAUGAAACGGCCAUCAUGAAUCAAAUUGGAAUAAAAAACGGUGCCCAUCGGGCUAGAGUAGUAUCCAGUCUUGUUGCCCUCAGAUUCGAACUCAACCAUCGAAAGCAGCAAAAGGAGCAGAAGGAGCUGAAUCAUCCCGAGAAUCCGGCAAGCUUUUCAACGACCUUCGGCGAUGACGCAUUGGCAAAAUACAGGUCGCGUUCGGAAUUUGCGCAGUCGGCGCACAACAAGGGUCUGCAGCAACAGCACAGCGCCAGCGUUCUCAACAUCUCACGGAUGCAAGAUUACGACAACAUCGUCGGAACAGAUUUGACGGAAGCUGAAAGCCUUCGUCGUCAGCUGGAAUGGGAACUCAGUCUGGAUGGGCGCUAUCUCGACUCACACGCUUGGUACCACGGAUCGAUUCCUCGCAGCCACGCAGAAACGUUGUUAAAAAACGAUGGCGAAUUCCUCAUUCGAGAUUCUUCGACAGGUCAACCGGGCGACCUUGUCCUCUCCACCGUCUGUAGAGGAUCGCAUCGCCAUUUUAUCAUUUCCAAGGUGACCAUUCAACCCAAUACGGUUUACGAAUCGAUCCAGUACAGAUUGGAAGACGAGCCGUUCGAAACGAUUUCAGAUUUGGUGACGUGUUACGUCAGCAGCGGCAAGGCCGUCACGGCGGCCACGGGCGCCAAAAUAACAACACCCAUUAACCGAACGAAACCACUUUCGUUGUACUCUAGUCAGUACGGUGUUGCCUCGCGAUCGUAUCAUCCAUCAUCGACCAGCGCGAGUCUAUCCGGUGGCGCUGGCUUGUAUUCGGGUAGGAACUCUCUACCGGCGGUGACAGGCAGAGUGCGGAUGGUGCACCCGACGGCCCGGGAGUACUCGACGCAAUCAUUGCCUCGAUCUACACCGUCUGCUUCCAAUCGAGUGAUGAUGAGGCGGAGACCAAGCGAUCCUUCACUGUCGGCAGAAGGGGCGUCACUUGGAUGUCCUCCAAAACCCCGUCGAGUGCCGUCACAAAUCUACCAACAAGAACAAGUUGUUCCAGACGAGCCUGUUUCUCUCAACCAGAUUAAAGAAAGCAUUGCGCUGGAUGUUGACGAAAAUAAUGAAGCAGAGGACGUACUGCCACAGCUUCCGGCUACGUUACCGCGUUUGAGACGACCCGGUAAAUUCCCAAACCGGCCCAUAUCCGUCACCCGAAAUUCUUUCCUGGAUCGACGGAGUUGCGAUUUGGAUGCCGAAGCCACGUUCAACCAACCGCACCUGACGAGCAACGAAGACAAUCAAUCAAUCGUCAAUGAAGGGCAUCCAUCAUCACUGCAUCGCCAAUUCCCAUCGUUAUUCGACGUUGUGAACUUUCAAACACUCUUGUUACCGACUAUGGAGAACAAGCCGCUAGAAGUGAGUUCCUUAGAGGGACUAUCCGCGGUGUUAGACUCGCACUCUUCCAAAUCGAUCGCUUUACAUCUGUUACACGGCGAUCUUGAUGUCCUGGGAGGUUUGCCCGAGCCGCUUUUAGAUCAUACGCUGUUUCACUAUCAGAGUCACUACGUUGAUCGUGGUAUCACAUCCGGCAUCGAACUCUGCGUGUUACCCAACGGCCAACAGUUACGUCUCGAUCUCUUAGAAAGGUCACAUUGCUUGAGAUUAUUCGUGGCUGUGACGAUUCUCACGUGCCCAACAGUCGAGGACCGCACGGCAAUGUUAAAUUUAUGGAUUGAAGUCGCCAUCGAGACCAAAACAGCACUGGGAAACAUGUACGGUUUCACUGGCUUAAUGUUCGGCCUUUGCAUGCCUCAGGUUCAACGUUUGACAGCGACGUGGAAUUUAUUGAGGCAGCGGCAUACGUCGGCGGCUUGCACGUUCGAAACCCGUUUGAGGCCCCCUCAUCGAACUGAGGUCGUUGCUCAUGCACCCAAUACCACCAUUCCCGAUUUACAUUCUGCCAUUUUGCUGUGGACGGCUACGAUGGAGUCUUUCACGCUUGACGAUGGAGCGACGUUGCCUCUGCUCAAUGUCCAUCUGCCUUCGACAGGUCCUGAUUUCGGAUUGGAUCUGUUGGCAAGUCACAUGGAAUUGAUUCAAUCUUGGUCACGCAACCUGCCACUCUACCUGCGCAACAGCAGAAAAGUUUUGGAGAGCGCCACUAUCGACGAGAUCUUGACAGAUGUCUUCCGCACCGAGUUUCAACUGAAAUUCCUGUGGGGCAGUCGGGGCGUGGUAGCUGAUAGCCAUCAACGCUACGCGAAAUUCGAGCAAGUUUUAAACGUCUUAUCUGAAAGUCGCGAACCCAGUUAAACGAUACCAAUCACUAGUUGGUCUCUACCCCCACAUGUGGAAUGAUUUCGAUUGUGUUGCGGAUUUGUUUGGUUUCUUUUUAGGGCUCUGAGUGAUCAAAUUAUCUUUCUCCUAUCAAGGGGAAGGAAAGUGACGAGCCUGAUCUCAAAAUCCAUAAUACGUGAAAUCGCAAUCAUUUUGUGAAAAUUGCCUCUUGUUUUCUUUGGCCAAUUUUGUGUUAAUACUAUUGUGUUAUAGAUGCCAUAUAUUGUGGGGAGGUUCUACAUGUGGGUGGUCGACAUAAUACAGUGUUCCUAUUUAUAUCAUAUUCCGUGUCCAAAAAGUUAAUAAACUGCUCACGAAAGUUUCGCUUGAGUUCCGGAGUA